AUGGGGCUCCCCUGGAGGCAGCUGCGCCCUUGGCUGCUGUUCCUCGUGGUGCUGGUGUGGCCCCAGCCCUGCAUGAGCCUGGGUGAGUGGGGGUCCCGGGGUGGGUGCUCCUGGCCAGAUCCAAGGGGCUGGGGCACCUGCUGGGACCCUGGGAGCCCGCCCCCUCCGAUCGGGAGAGGCGGCCCCAGGGGCAGUGGGCCCUGGUCCCUCAACCCUAUCUCCACGGCCGCAGAGCUCAUCCCCUACACGCCGCGGAUAACAGCCUGGGACCUGGAAGGGAAGGUCACAGCCACCACGUUUUCCCUGGAGCAGCCGCGCUGUGUCCUGGAAGGGCAUGCCAGUGCUGCCAGCACCGUCUGGCUGGUGGUGGCCUUCAGCAACGCCUCCAGGGACUUCCAGAACCCCCAGACACUGGCUGAGAUCCCAGCCUCCCCGAGGCUGCUGACAGAUGGCCACUACAUGACGCUGCCCCUGACCCUGGACCAGCUGCCCUGUGAGGACCCAGUGGGUGGCAGGGGGCGCGCCCCGGUGCUUAGGGUGGGCAAUGACGCCGGCUGCCUUGCUGACCUCCAGCAGCCACGCUACUGCAACGCCCCCCUCCCCGGCUCUGGACCUUACAGGGUGAAGUUCCUCCUGAUGGACUCCAAGGGCUCACCCCAGGCCCAGACGAGGUGGUCCGACCCCAUCACUCUCCGCCAAGGGAAGUCCCCAGGCUCCAUUGACACGUGGCCAGGCUGGCGAAGUGGCGACAUGAUUGUCAUCACCUCCCUCCUCUCUUCUCUGGCCGGUCUCCUGCUCCUGGCCUUCCUGGCAGCCUCCAGCAUGCGCUUCUCCAGCCUGUGGUGGCCGGAGGAGGCCCCAGAGCAGCUGCGAAUCGGCUCCUUCAUGGGGACGCGCUAUAUGACCCACCACAUCCCACCCAGAGAGGCUGCCACGCUGCCCAUGGGCUGCGAGCCUGGCCUGGAACCCCUCCCCAGCCUCAGCCCCUAGCCUGGCCCAUACGGCUGGGGCUGGGGCCGUGGGGGACCUGCAUCCAUGUGCCCCUCCCCCAUCGCACCUCCCCACCCUGCCUGAAAUCCAUCCCACCACUAGCAGCCCUGCCUUGGGCUUUCCCA